CUGUAUUGUACAACGGUACCUGAAAGUUUCCCGACGCCGCAGCAGCCCACCAAUUAGCAGGCCGGAUAGUGCGGAAAUCCCCGGGAAGCCCCAUCGACGGAUUUGAUUGGCAGCCGCAGUGGAUCCCGCGUGUCAGUGCGAUACCAAUGACGAUGUGGCCGAGAGCAAAAGUACAAGAAUUGACAGCUCUACUGGAUUCACCACCGCGGUCAUGUCCAGAAAAAGUCCAAGAAACACUGCUCACUUACCCUCUCUUCUUUCUCUCUCUAUCUCCUUCCAAUCCCUUUCUGUAUCAUAUUCUUUAUAGGGAAACCUACCGAGUUUUUCACCCCCCCGGGAAAGAAGAGUCCCCACCACCCCGGCGAUCGAUCGAUUUGAUCCCCGCGCAGCCCAGCGAUGGAACUCGAAUUCCAUCAAGGACGAAGAGUGGCGCAGAACCAGACUCCGUCCCAGGCAUACGGUCUACGAGCCCCAGUGUCGAACUCAAAACCACCGGGGCCCCCGUAUAGCAUGGACGCGCGGAGUAUUCCUCGCUCGAUGAGCCGCGGCGCCGCUAAUCUGCUUCAACUCUCCGCUUCCGCUACCAUCUCUUCUUCCGCUGCUGCUGCUACCACUUCAACGACUCCUGCCACUAUCACAAGCACAGUUCCUGCGCUUGCUUCCAUACCUACAACUACUACAGGGCCAGCGGGAACCAGCAAUCCCCACCACCCCACUCCCGACAUAGGCCCUGCCGGCACCAACAAUGACGGCUGGUCUGCGAGAGUACUAGACGAACUGAAAGACCUGCUCCUUCUCCUCAGUCACGAUGGACAGGUUCUAUACGCGUCACCAUCAUGCUCCGAGGUGACGGGUAUUGAAUCGCACAUGCUAGAACAAAGCGAUUUCUCCCGUUUCGUCCAUGAAGACGACAAGCCUAUCCUAGGCCACGAAUUGGACGAGUGCAUCAAGACCGGACGCGAAAUCCGAUGUCACUUCCGGCUCUGUAGGCCUGACAAUAGCUCCUGUCUAUUAGAGGCGCAUGGACAUCCACACCUAAUGACGACCGGGUCUGCUUCUUCUGCGACCGCAGAAUCAUCCCAGCAGCUGCAGCAACAAAAGACAGUCUGUAAAGGGAUAUUCCUUGUCUGUCGACCAUAUCCCACGCGGGGUUCACAGUUACUCGAUUCGUUUCUGGAACAUAAGAUCGAGAACAUCCGGCUGAACCAGCGCAUAGCCCAAUUGAAGGAAGAGGAAGAAGAGGAGUUGAAUUCGAGACCAGGGCAGACGUCAACAACAACGACAACCAGCACCACUACCACGACAACAACGCGCCAGACGUAUGUAUCAACGACACAAACCUCGUUUGCGCAACGAGAUACAUCAGUAUCUGGAGAGGAGAAUGAAUCAUCCGACACAUUCACUAAUACGGACGACGCCGAUUCGCGAUCGUUUCUGGAGCAGAUUGGGGAUCGGUUGCCACAGACUGAAGACAUGUCCCAUAUCGACGGGAUUGAGGUUAUGACGGGCUUGUACUACGGAGAAGGAGAAAGAUCACAGGGAUUGAGUACGGGAGUCCGUCAUGGCCGUCUGGUUCGUUGUGAUGCGGAGCAGCCGAAUACCGUUGCUGCCGAUUCUGCUGCUGCUGCGGCUCCUGCGAGCGACCAACAACAGCAGCAACAAUUGCAACAGCAACAGCCACAGCAAACACAAUCCAAGAAUCCUGCAGAGGCCGUUGACAGGAAGAAAAGAAUGAAAGGCGAGUAUAUGUGCACGGAUUGCGGGACGUCGGACUCACCCGAGUGGAGGAAAGGCCCGGAAGGACCAAAGACUCUGUGUAACGCUUGUGGCUUACGUUGGGCUAAGAAAGAGAAAAAACGCCAGGAUUCAGGACCGUAGUAGUAGUUGGUGGGAGGGGAAACGCAAAGAAAAGGAAAAGGAAAAAGGUGGGGCUUGCAUUUGUAUGAAUUGUCAUUUACUUUCUACUGCUUUGCUGCUGUUGCAUUUGCCAGAAGGGGCCAAUUUACCCCUGCGAGGAUACCCCUGCUUAUGUACUCCUUCGUGCAUUGUGCUUUUUCUUGUUCUCCUCGGUAGCACAUUUUCUUAGCGGCUGCGCUGUCACAGCAUUUGCACUUAUUGUGCUCUUCUCCUCUGAAUUGAAGUGAGCGGAUAUCAUGACUUUAUGCCCGACUCACUCGAACUAUAUUCAGCUCAGAUUGCAAC